AUGGCGGCGGCCGGCGGCAUGCGGCCCCGCCCGACGGCAAGAGGGGGCUGGUUACGCGUCCACGUCGUCGGGUCCGCUCCCGGCGAUGACGACAAGGCCAUGCACCGCACGUAUGGUCGUGGCGCAAGCAGGCUAGCUGAGUGGAUGAUCCGGCCCGGGCGCCCGUGCGGCGUCCAAGCUGGCGCAACCCCUUCCAAUCAAAGGGCGUCCUCCGUCGGGCCGCCUCUCCACUGCUACUCCUCGCCAUUCGAGCCGUGGGUGAGCGCCGCCGUCCCACCGCCUUUCUCGCGCGCGCGCCGGCUCUACCCCCGCUUGGCCCCCUCGCCUCCCCGCCUCGCGCCGCCGCCGGCCUCGACGCGGUCGUCGCCGCGCAUCGUCAUCCUCGACAGAGCAGUAGCAGUCACCGGGGCUCCGCACUUCGCGUUCGCUCGACCUUGCCCCCAGCACGGACCUCCGCAUCAGCGGGAGCGCCGAGGGGGAGGUCGACGAGCUUUGCCGAGGCGCCGCAUCCAGAUCCACGAGCGCUGGGCUGCCACGGCCGUAGCCAUUGUGGCGUCCGUCGCAACUGCCCCGGCCAACCAGCGUCGUCGCGCAAGCGAGGCCGAGCUCUCCGACCUGGCAUCCGCCACGCGCGGCGCCCGCGGCCUCCUUCUUGGUUGCGUUGCGGAAGAAGGCGUUGAAGGAGCAGGCCACGGCAAGGUCCCUGGACAGCUUCAGCUUGCUGAUGGAUCAGACGACGGGCGGGUCCGCCCGCUCCUCGUCGCCUCGCCACGGACGCCGGCGCCGGCCACCGAGUUCAUCCCGUCGGCGUCGACGGACCACGCGGGAGUGAAGACCGCAAACCUCUGUAUCGAACGGCCCUGCAACCUCAACCUCAUUCAACACAAGCUCUUCCAAGGAUUGCCUGAGCCUAAGCUGCAAGUGUUGAAAUUUGACAGGAAUCUGCUUAAAAGUCUAUCUUAUGGGAUAAACAGGUGUACCGUGACACAAUCAAGGCCAUAAUUCCAAUUAUAUUUCACAGAAUGGAAGCAACAUGUUCUGCUCAUGGCCAAACAGGUUAGUUCUCACAGGCACAUAGCAAGCUUAUCUUAUACAUUAUAUUUUUAUGCAUAAAUGAAUUUUGUGAUAGUUUCUGCUGAUCAUGUCAAUAUCAUAUUGCGACCUUUUUUUGGCAUUAGUAUACUACUAGAAUUUAUCAACUGCUUUGUGACAGAAUAUAGUGCUAUCCUUCCUAAAAGGUCAGAUAAUCAUAUACCUAUUGAAAAUGCUAACAGUUGUAUUUUUGUUCCAUUACCGAAUAUAAUCGACCUCUUCUACGUGCCAAUCACAGAGAUUAGCAAAUUUUAACUGACUUAUGAUCAGAUCUUUUUUUUGGGCCAUUUAUGAUCAUAGUUUCAGUCAUUCGCCUCUUAUCUUUUCAUUUGCAAACUCUUAAAAUUACAACUGUGGGGAUAAUGCCUUUCCAUAUGUGAGGUUUGUAAAACCUAUUUCAACAAUGCUCUUUCAAUGAUACCAUACUGUAAGAUAAGUGGAUCUUCACCAAACAACAAUGCUAAUAAGGUAAUUUCUCUUUCCGAUUGUUGUCUAGCUCAUCCUCUAGCUGCUGCUAUUCCAAUAAAGUUCGAUAGUAAUAGUGUAGAACAAGAAUAAACUUAAUACCAGGUAAAGAAAAACACGUCAAUUUUCGUUCAGAUUAUGAAUCCUCAUAAACAUUCCCUCUUCAUCGAUUGUAGUAUCAUGCAAAUUUGUAAUAUUUAGUUGCUUCAAUAGAUUAAUUUAUAUGGCGUACUAAACCUCAGGUUAAGUGACAAAUUUUGUACUAAUAACAUGCAGAAUGUCAUACUGAAAUUUCUUUGGCAGAUACAGCUUAGUCCCUCUUGUUUGUAAUACCUGAAGAAGACUCCAACUUAUCUCCUAUUUCUAUGUCUCUACUUAUGUAUGUUUACAAAACUAUGAGCUUGUAUAUAACUAGAUAUCUACAUCUGAACUCGCCGGCCUAUGAAAAUAUUAUUCAUAUUAUUAAAUUGUACUACCCUAUCAUUA